AUGGCGUCCCUUCUCACGACUCCUACUGAGAUUUUACGGACUUACGCUCUCCUGCUGAGCCAUUUCUCUACGCCCAUAUUCAAUGGACAUGGUCAGACUCCCAGAGCCCUCCAAUCGCUCAAUUCUUGCGAAGCAUUGUCCACAGGCCCGAGCUCGCCAGUUAUGUCUACGAUGUGGUCCUUAAUGGUGACGGUUUCGAUGGAGGCCUACACGACCCCUGAAUCGAAAAUUCCGGUAACCAACGUUGUCUUGGAUAGGCUAGUGGAAUGUAUCGAAAGGAUCAAUGUUCCAUAUGCUAGAGAAUGGAUCCAAGAGCUGCGCGCCGGAUCGAUGGACGCGUUUACCACACUUUUGAUAUCACAGCUCCUCAAUCUGAAACGUCUCUUCCUUGACAAAAACUUCAACCGAGAGAGCCGCCUCAGGGGCAUGAUGCUCCGCUCGGCCCUCUGUGAGAAGUCCACAGGUAGCCAUCUCAGUUCCUUCACAUAUCUUAAAGAUGUGUCAAGUGUCCCUGCCUUCCCUACGACAUUCGCCAAAAGACGGGCACCAGGAACACACAGGACGUCCUCCCUCUCUUUUACCUGCCAUCAGUUGAGCGGAUAA